AUGCAUAUAAAGGUGUAUACUUUACUGAUUAUUAUAUCUGUUUUCACAGCAAUUUUGAAGGUUCGUGCUGAAAAAGUUCUAAACGACAAUGUGCCAAGCAGAGUUUAUCGUGUAAAACGAUUCUUCGGCGAUGGCGUUGGAGUGUAUAGGGAAUGGAGUGUGUCAUAUUUUGAUACCGGGCCGCCAAUACCACCACCACUUCCACCACACCCACCGCCUCCACCACCUCCACCACCUCCACCACCUCCACCAAUAGAUCCAGGAACAACAUGUUAA